AUGGCCGAACCCAUCACGCUCGUCGUGCAGCCGCGUGGCAAGCCCAUCAAAAAGCUCCCCGCCGACACCACCGUUGCCCUGUCCGACUCCACCGCUGAGCUCUACAAGCGCAUCGCCCAGGCCACCGGCUCUUCCGUCCACCGUCUGCGCAUCGCAAAGGGCAGCGAUGGCUCCGUUGUGCCCAAUUCGCCCCGCACUCUUGUGCAGGACACCGGCUUGCGCCACAAGAGCAACAUCACUGUCAAGGACCUUGGCCCCCAAAUUGCAUGGCGCACCGUCUUCCUCGUCGAGUACCUCGGGCCCCUGCUCAUCCACCCGCUGAUCUACUACCUGCGCCCGUACCUGUACCCCUUCCCGUCGCUCACGCCUUCCGACCUCCCGGACCCGACCUCCCUGCAGAAGCUGUCGCUUUGCUUGGUCACAAUCCACUUCCUCAAGCGUGAGCUGGAAACCCUGUUCGUCCACCGCUUCUCCAGCGCCACCAUGCCCGCCUUCAACAUCUUCAAGAACUCCGGUCACUAUUGGAUCCUGUCUGGUCUCAAUCUGGCCGUCUUCACCUACGGCCCCUCCAAGACGGAACUUGGCGCGAAUCCCCUGAUCGUGUAUGCUGCCUGCGCCUUGUACGCCAUUGGAGAGCUUGGCAACUUCAAUUCCCACUUGGUGCUGCGCAACUUGCGACCAGCCAACAACCCGACCGCCCGUGGCAUUCCCAACGGUCUGGGCUUUUCAUGGGUCACAUGCCCGAACUACCUUUUUGAGAUCCUGUCUUGGGUGGGCGUCUGGAUCGUCAACUCGCUCAUCAGCAGGGCCGGCUUCUUCUCCACCGCCCUCUUCGUUGUCGUGGCAGGUGGCCAGAUGGCUGCCUGGGCCGCCAAGAAGGAGAGGAGGUACAGGAAGGAAUUCGGUCCUCAGUACAAGCGCAAGAAGUUUGCCAUGAUUCCAGGCAUCUUCUGA